AUGGCAAGUGCAGAAAAUCAAAAGGUAAAUGCCGUCGCUUCUACCGGCGAGCAUGUUUCUGACAUUUACUUGUCUAGGGGUUCACCUCCGCUGGAUACCAAAUCAGGAGGCGUCUCAUGGAUCACACGCCACUUCCCUUUCCUUAAGACGAAGCGCGGGAUUGCCAUCAUAGUGGCGGUCAUCCUCGUCAUUAUCGGUGCAGGUAUAGCAGGACUGGCGACUCUACCAAGGAAAGGAAACAAGGGCACAGCCGAGGCGGGAGGUGGGGCAGGUAACUCAGGAUAUUCGAUCACCAGUGACGAACAUUUCUAUGGCCAGUCACCACCGGUCUAUCCUUCACCAAACAUGACCGGCACUGGAGCUUGGGCAUCCUCGUACAAGAAGGCCAAGGAACAAGUUGGUCGAACGACACUUGAUGAGAAGCUUGUUUCGGAUUACAUUUCUGACAUAUUCGCCACCACACAGGUCCAUCUAACGACCGGCCUCCAAUCUAACACGAGUUGCUCUGGCUUCAUCCGGCCUAUAUCCCGUAUAGGUUUCCCCGGAAUGUGCCUGAGCGAUGCCGGAAACGGCCUAAGAAAUACCGAUUUUGUCAGCAGUUGGUCGAGCGGUCUCCAUGUUGGUGCGAGCUGGAACAAGUCGCUCGCAUACCAGCGAGGGACCGGCAUGGGUAGCGAGUUCAACAAUAAAGGAGUGAAUGUGCUCCUUGGGCCCGUUGUUGGGCCUAUGGGCCGCGUGGUAUUAAGUGGCCGCAACUGGGAAGGUUUCUCUUCCGAUCCAUAUCUGGCAGGGGCUCUUGUGUACAAAACCGUUGAAGCGACUCAAAACGUUGGUAACAUCAUGUGUUCAUAUAACCGGCUGAACAACUCAUAUGGCUGCGCGAACAGCAAGUUCCUCAACGGCCUGCUCAAGACAGAACUAGGUUUCGAGGGUUUUGUGGUCUCUGACUGGAGUGCCCAGCACGCCGGUGUUGCCACGGCUUUGGCGGGACUAGACAUGACCAUGCCGGAAAGGGAUGAGUUCUGGGGAUCUAAGCUUGUGGAUGCGGUGAAGAACGGUUCUGUUCCUGAAUCCAGAGUAUACGACAUGGUAACUAGGAUCAUGGCAUCUUGGUAUAAGAUGGGUCAGGACACGCACUUUCCUACACCCGGUAUCGGCAUGGUUAGCGAUAUUACGAAACCUCACAUGAUAGUUGACGCCAGAAACUCGACCUUCCGCUCCACGUUAUUUGACGGUGCGGUUGAGGGUCAUGUCCUCGUGAAAAACACGCCGAUUGCUUCAUCUGCAUGGGUUUUCGGGGCAGAAUCAUUCAACUACGAUGAGUUUACUAGCGGAUUCUUUGGCAGCGCCGCGGUAGACGGCACCGCGUUGUUCUGGGACUUCCAUAACGGCAAUCCCGCCGUCAACCCGGCCCCAGAUGCCUGCCUUGUCAUCGGCAACACCUACGCAGCUGAGGGCGCCGACCGCCCUGGCGCGCGCAACGACUACACCGACAGGCUCAUCAAGCACGUCGCCGACCAGUGCAAUAAUACCAUCGUCGUCUUCUAUAACGCUGGAAUCCGCCUCGCGCUCGUCUCGUUGCUCUACGGCGACUCAAACCCCUCCAGCAAGCUUUCCUUACACCAUUGCACGCAACGAGUCCGACUAUGCCGUUUUCGGACCCGAUCUCCCUGGCGCCGGCAUGUUCCGCAAAUUUCCCCAGAGCAACUUCUCCGAGGGCGCCUUCUUGACUAUCGUCACUUUGACGCCAAGAACAUCACGCCGCGCUUCGAGUCCGGCUUCGGCUUGAGCUAUACCACUUUUUCCUACGGUAACCUCUCCGUUAAGCGAGCCGGUGAUGCGAACACGAAUGAACUCCCCACUGGCGAAGUCCGCGAGGGAGGGCAGGGGGAUCUGAGCGUGUGGGACACGGUGAGGCAGAGGUGGAGGCUGAAGAAGGGAGGGGAUACUUGCCAUAUCUGCUGUUACCUUUGUGCGUAUCAUUUUGUGAGACACUCCGACAUCUGA